AUGUCUUAUCUUCCAAAGUUUUCAAAAUUGGAUUCAAUUGCAAUUUACUCUAAUUCAGAUAUUUCGGAUUUAUUAAACUUCAAAGGUUUCCAAGCUAAAGAUAUUUUCAUUAGCACAAGUAGUCCAUUAACAAUACAUAAUGGAACAUUCAAUAAUAUGAAGAAACUCAAUUCUUUAAUUAUCAAAUCCAACAAAAUUGUUUUCAAAGAGGGAUCAGUUGUUAAUUGUAAGGAACUUGUUACAUUUGAUCCAAGUUCAGAUGACGCUGUUGUUUUUGAAGCAAAUUCAAUUAAAAAUAUAGGAAUAUUAGAGUUCAAAAUUCAACCAAAUUUUCAACUUGAAAUUGGGAGCUUUUCUAAAUGUUCGGAACUGGAAAAUAUCACUUUAGCUCGUGGAGUUACAACUUUCUCUGGUGGGUAUUUUCUUGAUUGCGAAAAGAUGAGAAAUGUAAAAACCUGA